CAUACUCUUUGCUUCUGCCCUUCCCUCCUCCUCCGCCUCCGACAAGUUCCCCACCUUCAUCGCCGUCGACCCGCUCUAAUGGAGGCGGAGCAGCAGAAGCCGCAGCGCCCGCGGCGCAAGGCGCAGAAGCGCAGGAUUGACGACGAGGCCGCCGCCUCGGCCGCCGCAGCCGCAGCCGCCGCCGCCGCCGCCGCCGCCGUCUCGUCGCCGCUCGGCAGCGCCGAUGCCGACGACGACAACGAGGACGACGAGGGCUCCGUCGGCCCCGAGAUCUGCUGCCGCCAGUCCCAGGCGGCGGUCGCCCGCGAGGUCCGCACGCAGGUCGACGCCCUCCACCACUGCUUCUCGUGGCGCCACGCCGACCGCGCCACCGCCAAGCGCGCCACUAGCGUCCUCGCCGAGCUCGCGAAAAACGAGGAGAUGGUGAACGUAAUCGUAGAGGGCGGCGCCGUGCCGGCGUUGGUGUGCCACCUGAAGGUGCCCCCUAUGGCGGCGGCGGUGGAGGAGGAGCAGCAGCCGCGGCCGUUCGAGCACGAGGUGGAGAAGGGGGCUGCCUUUGCUCUCGGGCUCCUAGCCGUAAAGCCUGAACAUCAACAACUUAUAGUUGAUGCUGGUGCCCUACCCCUGCUGGUGACUCUCCUAAGAAGGCAUAAAAAUGCUACAAAUUCGAGGGCAGUUAACAGCCUUAUCAGAAGAGCAGCUGAUGCAAUUACCAACCUUGCUCAUGAGAAUAGCAACAUCAAAACUUGUAUCAGAAUUGAAGGCGGAAUCCCACCUCUCGUUGAAUUGCUAGAAUCACAGGAUAUUAAGGUGCAGAGGGCAGCUGCAGGGGCCUUGAGGACUUUGGCGUUUAAAAAUGAUGAAAACAAAACCCUGAUCGUUGAUUGCAAUGCACUGCCAACGUUAAUCUUAAUGCUGCGGUCAGAGGAUGCUGCAAUUCACUAUGAAGCAGUUGGUGUCAUUGGAAAUUUGGUCCAUUCAUCCCCAAAUAUCAAGAAAGAGGUUCUUAAUGCGGGGGCCUUGCAACCUGUAAUUGGGCUAUUAAGUUCCUGCUGUACGGAAAGCCAAAGAGAAGCUGCUUUGUUGCUAGGGCAGUUUGCUUCGGCCGACUCUGAGUGCAAGGUCCAUAUUGUGCAACGGGGGGCAGUCCGACCACUAAUUGACAUGCUACAGUCAGCUGACUUCCAACUCAGGGAGAUGUCAGCUUUUGCCCUUGGGAGGCUUGCACAGGACACACAUAACCAAGCAGGUAUUGCAUACAAUGGUGGCUUGUUGCCUUUACUAAAGCUUCUUGACUCAAAAAAUGGUUCUCUGCAACAUAAUGCUGCGUUUGCUCUUUAUGGAGUUGCGGACAAUGAGGAUUAUGUCUCUGACUUCGUUAAAGUAGGAGGUGUCCAAAAGUUGCAGGAUGGCGAAUUUAUCGUCCAGGCUACAAAGGACUGUGUAGCUAAGACAUUGAAGAGGCUAGAGGAGAAGAUAAAUGGACGAGUGUUAAAACACUUGGUUUAUCUCAUGAGAGUAGGAGAAAAGUCUGUGCAGAGGCGUGUUGCUCUGGCUCUCGCACACCUCUGUGCCCCUGAAGAUCAGCGAACAAUUUUUAUUGAUAAUAAUGGUCUCGACUUGCUUCUUGAUCUUCUGGUUUCGGUCAGCUCGAAACAUCAACAGGAUGGUUCGGUAGCACUAUACAAAUUAGCCAACAAAGCUGCAGCACUCUCUCCGAUGGAUGCUGCACCUCCAUCUCCAACGCCACAGGUUUAUCUUGGAGAGCAAUAUGUGAACAGUUCGACACUUUCAGAUGUCACCUUCUUGGUGGAAGGAAAACGCUUUUAUGCACACAGAAUUGCUUUGCUUGCUUCUUCAGAUGCAUUCCGUGCAAUGUUUGAUGGUGGAUACAGGGAAAAGGAUGCAAGAGACAUAGAAAUUCCAAAUAUCAGGUGGGACGUGUUUGAACUCAUGAUGAGAUUUAUCUAUACAGGGUCAGUCGAAGUAACCAACGAGCUUGCUCAAGAUCUUCUGAGAGCUGCAGAUCAGUAUCUGUUAGAAGGCCUCAAACGCCUAUGUGAAUAUACAAUUGCGCAGGAUGUUAAUUUAGACAACGUCUCUGAUAUGUAUGACUUAUCCGAAGCCUUUCAUGCCAUGUCACUGAGACAUACAUGCGUCUUGUUUAUUUUGGAGCAGUUUGAUAAGAUCUGCACCAGACCCGGUUUCUCUCAGCUAAUCCAGCGCGUCAUCCCUGAGCUCCGCAACUUCUUCGCUAAGGCGCUAAGGCCAAGCCACCGGAGUGCGCAACCAUGAGCCCUGCCAACAUUCGUUGAUAACACCGCCACCACCUGACAGAUGCUGCUGGAAAUCUUGUACAGCUGAAGUUUCUGGUUCUGGGCAUUGGGUACUCGCUCGGUGGUAAGGUUAACUAUUCAAUCUAUUAUGGUUCCAUGAUGGCCAGGUCCUCAAUUGACACCAAGCAAGAAUGUAACAUCCUCCUGUUCGAUUGAACAAUGGCGAUCAUGCUAAGGGAAGUGUAUCGUUAUAGAGACAUGUGGUUUGCCUAGAUGCAGUCAGACCGGCCUAGUCUGUGAUAGGUUUAGUUGGUUGGCCUUGACCGGAUUUGUCGGGUCUCGCCGUAGUUACUGAGUUACGUAGGGUCACUUCUGGUUCGCAGUUCCGAUUAUGUCCGUGUAUCUUGUUUGGAGAUGUUAAGCUUGAGCGGUGUAAUGCUGUAACAUCAGUCUGUGUUCUCCAUGUUAACAACCGUGCUGAUGUUCAAGACUAGUGUUCAGAAUUCGUGGGCUGUUUCAUAUCAAAUUCCCAUGUGAGGUUAUAU